AUGGAAGAAGCAAAUCAGUCUGUGGUCUCCGAGUUCGUUUUCAGUGGGCUUUGUGAUUCAAAGGAGCUCCAAGCCUUCCUCAUGCUGCCAUUUUCAGCACUUUACCUGAUGACAGCUGCGGGCAACCUCCUUGUUGUGCUAUUGAUCAUUUCAGACUCUCGUCUCCAUUCCCCAAUGUACUUCCUUUUGGCCAAUCUCUCAUUUGUUGACUUCUGUCUUUCCUCCGUCACAACUCCUAAACUAACCACAGACUUCCUAAAGGAUAAUAAGACCAUCUCCUUUGGGGGCUGCAUGACUCAGAUUCUCUGUGUACAUUUUUUUGGAGGUGGGGAGAUGGUACUGCUUGUGACAAUGGCCUACGACCGAUACGUGGCCAUCUGCAAACCACUCCAUUACUCCAGCAUCAUGGACAAACAGAAGUGCCUCUGUCUAGUUUUGAUAUCAUGGAUCAUUGGUUUUGUGCAUGCCAUGAGUCAACUGGCAAUGAUUCUGGAACUGCCUUUCUGUGGACCCAGAGUAAUAGACAGCUUUUUCUGUGAUAUUCCAUUAGUAAUAAAACUAGCCUGCAUGGAUACCCGUACCCUGGGAACACUGAUAAAUGCUGACAGUGGGGUUUUGGCAACAACCUGCUUCAUUCUCUUGCUGAUUUCUUACACCUAUAUCCUAACAACUGUUCACCUUCACUCUAAAGGUGGAGCAUCAAAGGCAUUGUCUACCUGCAGUUCCCACAUCACAGUGGUGGUCUUGUUCUUUGGGCCCUGCAUCUUCAUCUAUCUGUGGCCACUCAACAUCACUUGGGUGGACAAGUUUCUUGCUGUGUUUUACACAGUCAUCACACCUGUCCUGAAUCCAGCCAUUUACACAUUGAGAAAUAAGGAGAUUAAAAAUGCCAUCAAGAGACUGGUAGAUCAGCAUAUGGAUUCAAGGGAUACAUUUUAG